GUGUAGUAUAUAUAAACACCUCUCGAUGCAAAGAGAAAAGCAUCAUCAUCUGAGUUUUCUUUUAUUAUAAAGACCAAACUAAAUGUAUUGUCUUCAAGUUGCAGCUUAUCACUUGUUCUUCAACGCUUCGCGGUUAUGUUAUCUUCUUGCUUUGAUUGUCUUUGUCUUUCUCAGGUUCUCUUCUAUUUUCCAUGAUACAUCAAUGGUUAAUCACGUUGGCGAAUCCAGAACGGCUUCGUUUUUGUCGAUCUCUGAUACACAACAAGCUCAGGGAGAACUGAAUGUAACGUUUUCUGGUGCUUUCAUAGGAUCUGUAAUCCAAGAUAUUGCUGACAAAGUGUUGUAGUUGUAUAAUGUUUAUGUACUUAUAUAAUAACAGAUGAUUAUCCUU